UUUACUCGAGAAAUGUUUGCCUUUAUUUUCAUUUGGUUACUCUUAAUGAAUGUGGUAUGGUGCCAACCAAUGUAUAUCCUGCUACCAACUCAAGUAGCCCGAAGUUUAGAAUUGAACGAGGAAACUCUGUUCCAGGAACCAAUUGAAGCCAUUCCUUUAAUGGAAGAUCCCGCCAAAGUAUACACACCUCACGACUUUUUCGGUGAAGUCCACAAAUUCAUUAUCGGCGUACAACAGUUUGUGCAGCAUCCACCGACUUCACUGUACAGUGCGUUCAACCAACUGCAGAGCAAUGUCAAAAACAAUCACCAGAAACAGAAGCCCGUGAAACACAAAGUGGUUCUUGACCCCUCUGGAAACAUUUCAUUCACCUUGGGCUGGUCAGCCAACUUGCAGGUGUUCAAUAGCAUCGGUUUCAGUAAGAGUCGCAGUCUUGUGAACUACAAUGCAUGGCCUAAGGGUUAACACAGCGAUUGGCCAAAUCAGUACAAAAAUGUUAACAUACUUCUGGGCUGGCAGCAUGACAUUACAAUUAAAAUUAAACUGCCGUUUAUAUAAUACACAAUAAAUGCAACCCAAUUGU